AUGGGCCGCAUCGUUGUGACCGGGGGCUCCGGUAAAGCCGGCCAAUCCAUCAUCGCCGAGCUCCUCGACGCCGGACAUACAAUCCUGAACCUGGACUUGGCCCCCAUGGCACAUCCAAGCGUGCAUACACUGAAAACCGACCUUGCCGACAGCGGACAAGUCUUCAAUGCCUUAUCCGGGCAAUGGGCGUUGACCGAGCCCUUCCCCGAGGGACUCCCACCACGACCAGACGCAGUGGUUCAUAUGGCCGGAUACGCUCGAAACAUGAUCGUCCCAGAUAACGAGACCUUCAGAGCAAACACGCAAGGCACGUAUAAUAUCUGUGAGGCAGCUUGCAAGCUUGGCAUUCGCAAGAUCAUCAUCGCUAGCAGUAUUACCGUGUACGGGGUCUCGUUCGCUCAAGGUGAUACUAAUUAUCAAUCGUUUCCAAUUGAAGAAGACCACGAUGUUUGUCCGACUGAUACCUAUGCUAUUGCGAAAUUAUGCAAUGAGCGCGUGGCUCGUGGUUUUGCUGCUCGCUUUGGUGUUGAUAUCUACGUUUUGCGGAUCGGUCAUGUUAUUGCGCCUGAGGAAUACAAUGAGGAAAUCUUCUACAGUUAUGUUCAUGAGCCGGCGGAGUGGAAGGUGCAUGGAUGGGCGUAUGUUGAUUCGCGGGAUCUGGGUGGGAUGUGUGAGGCGGGUUUGAAGACUGAUGGGUUGGGAUUCCAGAUAUUCAAUGCGACUAAUGAUACUAUCACGAAUCUCAAACCGACCGAACAGUUUCUUCGAGAAGAAUACCCGGAUAUACCCAUUACUCGGAAGAUGGAAGAGUUUGAAGCACCGUUGACGAAUGCGAAGAUUAAGCGGUUACUUGGAUUUGAAGAGAGGCAUGGAUGGCGAAAAUAUUUCAAUUUGUGGGAUAAGAAGCGAGCGGUUAUGUAG